AUGCCUACGGCGGCUCCCCCCGCCACUGAGCUGCGGCAGCGUGCGACACGGGUGAGCGCGCUGCAGCAACACCGGCAGAUCCACGGCGGCAAGUUGUUCAAGUGCGAGGAGCCUGGCUGUGUGUAUGCUGGCAGAUCAUGGGGGGAUCUCCGCCUACAUCUCCGCAGCCAUGGGGAGGAACGGCCGUUCCAUUGCAGUGAUUGUGAUUUCUCGACCAAGACCAAGGCUCAGUUGCUGAGAGUUGCGGUCUGGUGUGGUACGGUGCGGUGCGCUGUGGUUUAUGGCGGGAUAAGAGCAUCACGAGUGCUCGGUCACGAGCUUGUCACCGCCCGAUACACUGGCGAUAGCACAUUUAAUUAUCGGCUCAACCAUGGCUUUAUUUGGAGCGCGUCUGCGAUUUUCCCCGACACAGAAUACCUAGCGGUGGUGCCGCAAGGAGAGGAUCUGAUUGAUGCCAGACACACGUUUCUUAGUGGAAAGUUGGCUGAUUACGACACGUACGAGGAUCCAGUGAAGCACGGCCUCCUGAGCCUUUACACCGCUCCAGUUGGAGGACGCCACCAGGCAGAAGCACCACGGAGGCCUUGCUCCACCACUCCCAUCGAUAUCCUCGUGUCUGCGGUGCCACCGCGUUACCCAACCCCGGCUCACGGCAGUAUCGCCGCGGGGGUGACGCCAGAUACCAUCUGUUUAGCAUACGUAACCGUUCGUGAUCACAAUACCGCCCCUAAUUAUAAGCGCUACCGUGAGAGGGACUCACGAGCGUACGCUAAAGAUAAGGGUUUGGAGAGCUUGAUGACUGCGCUGGAUUUCUCGCAGGCCUUUGACUCGACGGUCAAGCUGGUGCACAAAACUAUUCAGACGGGAAAACCUGAAUAUCUAAGAAAAAAACUGGUUUUUAGACAUGAAGUCAAUAAGCGCAGUACUCGACAGGAUGGCCUACUGCACCUGCCAAGGACAAGAUUGGAGACAGGGAAAAAAGCGUUUAGAUAUUUUGGACCUGCUAAACAUGCUCGCAGCCACCUGGAGACCAAGAGUCACCAUUACCCUCAUAGCCAGUUCCAGUGUAACAGUUCUAUGCCUUUUUCAGACAUGCUCGCAGCCACCUGGAGUCCAAGAGUCACCAUUGCCCUCAUAGCCAGUUCCAGUGUAACAUUUCUAUGCCUUUUUCAGACAUACUCGCAGUCACAUGGAGGCCAAGAGAAGCCAUUGUCCUCAUUUCCAGUUCCAGUACAUGCUCGCAGCCACCUGGAGACCAAGAGUCACCAUUGUCCUCAUUGCCAGUUCCAGUGUAACAGUUCCACCCAUCUCAACAGGCAUCUUAGGCUGCACACGGGAGCAAAGCCUUUUCAUUGUCCUCAUUGCGACUUCUCUUGCAACCUACUGGAGAACCUCCGCAAGCAUGUCCUCUCGACCAAGAAACAUCCUGGCAAGUGCCUUUACUCUUGCCAAGAAACUUCUUGCGACUUUACUUCCAACUUCGCCAAGGACUUCCGCGUGCAUCUGGUCUCUGUGCACGGCCAGACCGCCAGUGCCGCCACUUCCUUCGUCACAGGCCUCUACAACGGUGGUGAGGAUCCCCGGCACGUCGACCAGCCUUUGCCCGUCACCUCCAAGAAGUAA